AUGCGAGCCUCGUCUCUCACAGUCGACCUCGCGUCGAUAUGCGCGUUGCUGGCCCUCACUGCAGGCGUAGCAGCCACUGCACAUGCCAAUGAUUUUGAGCAGCAAGACAAGGCUGAGUCCAAAGCCGCUGCCCUCAAAGUUGAGCAUCGGGCGAGGAGCCCUCAGGGUCCCAACGUCUUCAUCAGCAGCUACGACUAUGGAUACACUUACCCGCCGCUUCCCCCUCCCACCACUUAUGGCGACCAGCCGUCAUCGACUGAGACUUUCCCUACCACAAAUAACUAUGGCUCAGCGUCUUCCACUAACGUCGGUUCGGCCGCUGGCGAUACCAGCACAUCUGGCGUCUCUGGCCCUGCUUCCCCUAGCUCCACUGCUUCUAACGGAGCUACUGCCACUCCCUCCGAUACUGUCGUCACCCAAUACUUCGACCAAAGCCGCAACAGCAAGCGUGUCAUCCGCUCCGGCAACUUCGUUGAGCGUCAACCAGACAACCUCUUCAGAGACUUUAUCUGCAUCGGCGUCUCCCACGCUCUCGCUACCUUUCACUUUGUUCAAUUCAUCGUCCCAGGUACUAACUGCCACCGGUGCUCCCGCUUCAUCUUCUUUGAAUACAUCCUCGUCGAUAACAUCUCUUUUCGUAUCUUCCAACCAAGCUCCUACGCUGACUCAACCCGUGGAGACUCCGUGGCCCACGCUCUGGAAUUCGACCGCCCUUCCCACUUCCGUGACCAGCUCGCAGAACUACCCACCCAACUCGUCCUCAUCAACGUUGACUUCCAUAGGCCCCUCGAAGCCCGCAAGUUCGAUCACCGUAGCCCCUUCCAUCAUCACUCUCAGCUCCAAUGGAACCGUCCGCAUAUCGACUCUCUCGCAGACCCUUCAAGCAACUGCCGGUUGGAACAGUACACAAUCAAGUGCUCUGGUGACCGACAGCCAGACUAA